AUGGCGCCACGCAAAAACAUCACCAUGGAAGAUCAACAAGAAGAGUUUCGACAGACCUUGGAGACUUUUACGGCGGCCCCACUGGGCCGAGACCAUUAUCAACAAAUUCGUCUUCACCGCAACAACAACCCAAACAACAAUACCUCGUUAGCUGCUCGUUGGGAAUCCGGCUUCAAGCUCGAAACUCCAGAAUUUUCAGGGAGUCUUAAAGCAGAGGAGUUUCUUGAUUGGCUUAACAUGGUGGAAGAAGUUUUGGACUUUAAAAAAGUCCCGGAUGAUGUUCGUGUCUCUCUAGUUGCAACACGGUUCAAGAGUAGAGCCAUGGCAUGGUGGACUCAGCUCAAAGAAUCUCGACGUCGUUCAGGAAAAUCAAAAAUUGAUUCGUGGGAAAAAUUUAAAAAACAUAUGCGUAGAAGUUUUCUUCCUUACAACUAUGAGCGCACCUUGUAUACGAAGCUGCCGAAUUUGCAUCAAGGGUCACACACUGUGGAUGAGUAUGCCUCAUAUUUUUUUGAGAUGGUUGCUCGCACUACGUUACUUGAAACAGAGGACCAACUCGUUUCUAGGUUUAUUGGGGGUUUACGCACACAACUUCAAAUACCGUUGCAACAGUUUAAUCCGACUACAGUAUCUGAGGCUCAUCAACGUGCUAUGGGUAUGGAGACUCAAUUUCGUCAAACUUGGGGAUCCAAUAAUUCACACACUCGUUUUCAAGCUCCGCCUACAGGGGAAACUGGUUCCAGCCCACAUACAGAAUCUGUUUCCACACGUGCUAGUGUGUCUAAAAUAGGAGCUCCUGCUGAUUCUAUUGCCGCUUCAAGACAACCCCGAACCAGUGCUUUGCGUUGUUAUACUUGUGGGGAGAAUGGUCAUCGUCAAACUGCUUGCCCCAACCAGACUCGUCGCGGGUUGCUUACACAGGAGAUAGAAAUCACCGACGAGCCUCACUAUGAUGAUUACUUUUCUGAUCCUCACCAAGAUAAUGAUGCUGAUGUUAUUGGCGGUGACACAUGA